AUGAUCGUCACGUUACUGCGAAAGUUCCGGGUAGCCGACAAUCCUCGCAAGUUUGCUCUGUAUGAAUGUGCUCAAGAGAACGACGAACAGACUUGUACCCUGUUGAGUGAGUUGUUUCAUCCUUUCAAAGCAAGCCAUCUUGACGGAUCACUGGCUUACGGAAAGCGCAAUGAGCUUUUAUCGUCCUUCCUGUUUUUCGGGGCACAUCUGUGCAAUGAGAAGUCGUCACUCGUGUAG